CGGAUGCACUUUUAUAUCCGGAUUCUUCGAGCGGCCUCAGCUCCACGGUUCCCGACGCGGUCGGCACAUGCGCGAGGACCCUGCUCUCUCUUCCUCCGCCUCCACUGGCUCCCACCGUCCGGGAAGCCGCCGCCACCGCCGCCGAGGAGUCAGGAAGUUCAAGAUGGCCGCCGCGGAGGCUCCGACGCUGCGGGAACAGCCAGAGAUGGAAGAUGCUGAUAAUUCGGAAAAGAGUGUAAAUGAAGAAAAUGGAGAAGUGUCAGAAGACCAGUCUCAGAACAAGCACAGUCGUCACAAGAAAAAGAAACAUAAACACAGAAGUAAACACAAGAAACAUAAACAUUCUUCAGAAGAAGACAAGGAUAAAAAGCAUAAGCACAAGCAUAAGCAUAAGAAACACAAAAGAAAAGAGGUGAUUGAUGCGUCUGACAAAGAAGGUAUGUCUCCAGCCAAAAGAACUAAACUCGAUGACUUAGCUCUGCUGGAAGACUUGGAGAAACAGAGAGCCUUGAUUAAAGCUGAACUUGACAAUGAGUUAAUGGAAGGAAAGGUCCAGUCUGGGAUGGGGCUCAUCUUACAGGGUUACGAGUCUGGCUCUGAAGAAGAGGGGGAGAUUCAUGACAAAGCAAGAAACGGGAACAGGCCUAGUACUAGGUCUUCGAGCACCAAGGGGAAACUUGAACUUAUGGACAAUAAAAAUAGUGCAAAAAAGCGAAGCAAAAGCAGAUCCAAAGAACGGACUAGACAUAGGUCUGAGAAAAAGAAGAGUAAGGGAGGUGUCGAGAUAGUUAAAGAGAAGACGAGGAGCAAGUCGAAGGAGAGGAAAAAGUCCAGAAGUCCCUCCAAAAGGAGCAAGUCCCAAGACCAAGCGAGAAAGUCGAAGUCUCCUGCCCUCCGAAGGCGCUCUCAAGAGAAGAUUGGGAAGGCCAGAUCUCCCCCCGACGACAAGGUCAAGAUCGAAGACAAAAGUAAGCCAAAAGAUAGGAAAAAGUCCCCAGUUACAAAUGAAAGUAGAAGUCGGGAUCGAGGCAAAAAAUCUCGAUCCCCAGUUGACGCGCGAGGUAAAUCCAAAGACAGAAGGUCACGGUCCAAAGAGAGGAAAUCACAACGGUCAGAAACUGAUAGAGAGAAGAAACCGGUGAAAUCUCCCUCUAAAGAUGCCUCUUCUGGGAAGGAAAACAGGUCGCCCAGUAGGAGACCUGGUCGUAGUCCUAAGAGAAGAAGUCUGUCUCCGAAACAACGUGAUAAAUCACGAAGAAGCAGGUCUCCGCUCGUAAACGAUAGAAGGUCUAAGCAGAGCAAGUCGCCCUCCCGAACUCUGUCCCCUGGUAGGAGAGCCAAGAGCCGCUCCUUGGAGAGAAAACGCAGGGAGCCUGAACGCAGACGCCUUUCUUCUCCACGAACACGUCCUCGAGAUGACAUCCUCAGUAGACGGGAAAGGUCAAAAGAUGCCAGCCCCAUCAGUAGGUGGUCUCCUGCCCGAAGAAGAGCCAGUAGGUCUCCGGUUAGAAGGAGGUCCCGAUCCCCCCUCAGACGUAGCCGGUCUCCCAGAAGAAGAAGCCGAUCUCCUCGGAGAAGGGACAGGGCUCGGAGGAGCAGGUCCCGCCUCCGGAGGCGCUCUCGGUCUCGGGGCGGUCGCAGACGCAGGAGCAGAAGCAAGGUGAAGGAAGACAAAUUCAAAGGAAGCCUUUCCGAAGGAAUGAAGGCUGAGCAGGAGUCUUCAUCUGAUGAUAACCUCGAAGACUUUGAUGUAGAGGAGGAAGACGAAGAAGCCUUGAUAGAGCAGAGACGGCUCCAAAGGCAAGCCAUUGUUCAGAAAUACCAGUACCUUGCCGAGGACAGCAACCUGUCCGUGCCGUCCGAGCCCAGUAGCCCCCAGAGCAGCCCGCGCACCCGGUCCCCUUCCCCAGACGACAUCCUGGAGAGGGUUGCCGCCGACGUCAAGGAGUACGAACGGGAAAACGUGGACACGUUCGAGGCUUCCGUCAAAGCCAAGCACAAUCUCAUGACAGUUGAGCAGAGUAAUGGUGCGUCAGGUUCAUCUCAGAAGAAGCUCUUGGCACCUGAUAUGUUUACAGAAUCUGAUGAUAUGUUUGCUGCAUAUUUCGAUAGUGCGCGUCUUCGGGCUGCUGGCAUUGGAAAAGAUUUCAAAGAGAAUCCCAAUCUCAGGGAUAACUGGACUGAUGCGGAAGGCUAUUACCGUGUGAACAUAGGCGAGGUCCUGGAUAAGCGCUACAACGUGUACGGCUACACGGGUCAGGGCGUGUUCAGUAACGUGGUGCGUGCCAGGGACAACGCGAGGGCCAACCAGGAGGUGGCCGUGAAGAUCAUCCGGAACAACGAGCUCAUGCAAAAGACUGGCUUAAAAGAACUAGAAUUCUUGAAAAAACUUAACGACGCCGAUCCUGAUGACAAAUUCCACUGUUUGCGACUCUUCAGACACUUUUAUCACAAGCAGCAUCUCUGUCUUGUGUUUGAGCCUCUGAGUAUGAAUUUACGAGAGGUGUUAAAAAAAUAUGGUAAGGAUGUCGGCCUUCAUAUUAAGGCCGUACGAUCCUAUAGUCAGCAGUUGUUCUUGGCACUGAAACUCCUUAAAAGAUGCAAUAUCCUCCACGCAGAUAUCAAGCCAGACAAUAUCUUGGUUAAUGAAUCGAAAACGAUCUUGAAGCUCUGCGACUUUGGCUCGGCUUCCCACGUCGCGGAUAACGACAUAACGCCUUAUCUCGUCAGUAGAUUUUAUCGAGCUCCUGAAAUCAUUAUAGGUAAAAGCUAUGACUACGGUAUAGACAUGUGGUCCGUAGGGUGUACCCUGUAUGAACUCUAUACCGGGAAAAUCCUAUUUCCUGGCAAAACCAAUAACCAUAUGUUGAAGCUCGCCAUGGAUCUCAAGGGAAAGAUGCCGAAUAAGAUGAUUCGGAAAGGUGUGUUUAAAGACCAACAUUUUGAUCAGAACCUCAACUUUAUGUACAUAGAAGUUGAUAAAGUAACAGAGAGGGAGAAGGUUACUGUCAUGAGCACCAUUAACCCAACUAAAGACCUGUUGGCCGACCUGAUUGGCUGCCAGCGCCUUCCCGAGGACCAGCGUAAAAAAGUGCACCAGCUCAAGGACUUGUUGGACCAGAUCCUAAUGUUGGACCCUGCUAAGCGGAUUAGCAUCAACCAGGCCCUGCAGCAUGCCUUCAUCCAGGAGAAGAUUUAAACCAGAGAAGAAGCUCCAAGGGGUUGAGUAAUUAAGUACAAAGACUGACGAGAUUUCACAGCAGUUUAUUAAUGUAUAUAAACUUAUAAAUAUUUCUCCAGCAAAUUUGAGAACGCAUGAUAUAUUUGAAUUAACACCAAGGGUGAUAUUUCUUUUAGAAGUGUUAGUUGAUCUGUUUUGUGUCGGAUGUGAAAUUCCACUGUAGAACUGUUGUAGUUGCCAAGGCUGCCCAGAGUUUCAGUGCGAAUGUCAAGGGUUGCAGGUCACAGCAGAGACGGAAGCAUCGGUUACAAACGAGGGCUAGUGCUGGGUGGUUGAUUUAUUUUGGCAAACUUGGCUUCAUUGUGGUCUUCGGAGAAAAAGGCCGGCAUAAAUGCUGUUUAUAUUCACAUUUCCCUAGGUGUGUGUGUGCAGGCCACAGCGGCAUGCCCUGGGUGUAGUCAGUGCCGAAAGGGGCCUGUUCCUUCUUGAGCCUGCCUGCAGGGACGGUCUCCUCUUUUAAAGCAGGUUGCGUACAGCAUUCAGUACACUGAAGGUAAGCUGAACCAUCCGCCUCCCGGUGUCUGCAGAUGUUAGUUUAUUGGAACAAUUUGACAAAGGAGGGAUGUUCUUAGCUUUGUGGCGGAUUCCCUGCAUGUGUGAUAACUGAUCUUGUUUCUUUUCUGGCAUCGCACCUGUGGCAUAGUUACAAUUUCUGUUCUGUCAUCACAUUUAAAAUUUGAAGAGUAUGCGCUUGAUGGAUGGAGCGCCUUCAGUGUACUGUUUCUUAUGACCUUUAAUUUUUCUAGAUCAACUUGCUAUAGACUUUAUAUACAUUUUGUUAAACACAGCUCCUAGUGACCUGGAAACGGGCGUACUUUCAUUUACUGAUAACAAAUGUUGAGGCCUGAUUCUGGAAGUCCUCCUAUUUAAAGUUAGAUAGGCCACGUAAUGAAUUUUAACUAUUUGUAUGUCGUUUUGAAAGUGUACUGCUUUGUGGUAAAAGCGUUUCCGUUUGUUCAUUUUCACUUCUUGUGAUCAUGUUGUCUUUCAAUACAGGCGUAAACCUCCCACUCUUGAACAAAGCAGCUGCUUUUUAAAAGCGGUAAUUGCUUCUUUACCUUCUCCUUCUUUUGUAAAUGAAACUGUCCUUUAAGAAUGUGACUUGAAAGUGUCGUCCGUUUGCCUAAAACAGUUGGCACGCGCUCACUGUAAAGUGGAGAUGGUUCUACUGCAUGUGACGUGCACCAUGCAGGUUUCUGUGUGUUCUCAGUCCGCACCACUAGAGAAUAAAGGCUUUUGUGAACAAGGCAUUUGUAGCCAUUUCUAAAAGUGUUGUCUUCAGUGCUGGCGAGUCAGGUAACCGUACCUGUAGUGCGAGGCGACCUCUCGCUGCUUCCUUUGAGCCUGACGGAAGGAACUGUCCCUUAAAGACCUAGCUCCGCCCCGGGCUCAGCGCCUCAGGGCAGGUUGGGAUCCCGACCGAGCCCUCAAAGCAUCCUCCCGAGAUAGCGGCAGCUCGCAGUGUAGUGAGGUAACGCCUGUAGGUUGCGGGGUGCGACUCAGGGUGUAACUAAUGUUUCUGCUAUUUUCUCACUCUUCCUCCUGAUGGUGCGGAAAGAGGAGAAGGAGAACGGGGCACAGGCCACUCACCGCCUCUCCAGGGUCUGAUUUGCUGAGACACCAGCUUCACCUUCCUAACAAGGUUAUUUCCGACAGCAUGUGUAGAUAAACGUUUAGCAACAAUGUAAAGCCAAGUCAUGUAAAUCAGGGUGGUUUUGCAACACAGAGGAAGUAGUGUUUUUAACGUGGUAGAGGCGAAUUUUCAGAAAUGUAUGGCAUCGGUUCUCUUUGGGUGGUAAAAUUAGUGCUUGGCUCCCUGAGGAAUGUGGAAACAAGCAGCCUUGGGGGGUUUACCUGAUCUUUUGAAAUUGUAAAUGGGAUUUUUCUAUUCACCCAGGCACCUAAUUACAACAGGCAUGCACAUUUUGGUGCAUUCAAGAAUGGAAAAUCAGAAUAGCAGCAUUCUUCUGGUGGGUUUUGCUCCAUUUAAAGACAUGAACUGCAGCCAGGAAGGUGACAGACGCUAUCAGAAGCCAGCUUUGAGUCUGGACCCCGUCUGCUCGCUCGUGGUUUAGACCUAAAGCAAAGGCCAGGCAGUGAGGCCUCGUAAAUGAGGCUCGGAGGCGCAGCUCUCCUGCCGGAGUGAGACGGCAGCGAGGCCCCCACCAUGACUCACCUUGCUGAGAAUAUGCUGCAUUCGGGCCAGGCUUUUGUAGUUACUUUUCACUCAAAGUAGUUAACAUUUGGAUGUUUCUGGUGCUUUUCAUGGCUUCAUUUUGUAGACUUAUUUUAAGUAAGUUAACUUCCAGUAGAAACAGUUCAUCUUAUGCCUUCAAAACUGUUACAUGUUCUUUAAAAAACAAAGUUGCUUGUUACUUGUUCUUUGUGUUUUAGGUGCAGCUCAGUGGAAGAUGAUGCCACCAGAAGACAUGAGCUAAGGUUUCUGUCCCAUAAAAGAUUAAAAAAAAAAAAAAAGAAAGAAAAAAAAAAGAGAAAACUCCUCCAUUUAAUUUGCGUCCAGUUUUUUGUUUUGCAGCCUUUGUGAUUGGGUGUGUUCAUGUCUGGUACUCAGUGGUGGCACUGUGUCCAUUGUGAAAUGCUUGUUCCGUCAUCUGCCGCCUGCCUCCCUCCCCACCCUCCCUCCCCUCCAGUGAGGAUAGCGGCCACAUCUAGCGAGGUGGGCGACGUGGGCGGGGAGGUGCCCCACCGCACGGGGUGUCCAGACAGCUCCCCGGGCGUGUUAGAAAACCAGCUGCCCCCGAAGAGCUUCCGUCAGAAAGCCGCCCCACCCCCCCCAUGCGGGGUGUCACCUCUCCUCGCCCAGCGCCCUCCCAAGGCCGGGGCCUGGGCUCCUGGAGCCCCACUCAGCUCCUGCGGUGCCCCCAGCUCGCCCCAAGUCUGUCCGCGGCCAGGGCUCAGCAGUGGUCUCGAAACAGACCAGACGUCCAGAGCCACUGUCGGUUUCCCAUCUUAAGGGAGUGAGGCGGCAGCCUGCGGCUCUUCUCCCCCGAACACGGCAUUCCCAGACGAUCUAUUUGAUAGGAAGCCCGGAAGCAGCCUCUCUCCACGCCCCCACGAUUGUUGUAGAGUGUUGGGCCCUGUGUUAGGUCGGGGCCAGGGGCCCGGCUGAGCAGCCCUCGGCAGAUGUGCGGUUCUCAAAUACAGUUCUCGUGAUGCUGGCUCUGUGACACUUGAGGGCAAAAACGUGCCAGUGAGUGUGAGCCUUCGGGGGCCCCCGAGUCCUGGGGUGCAGUUCUCGCUGCGACUGGGGAGUACCUCUCACGGGUCUCAGACCCCACCUCUGGGUAGACCUCCCCUCAAAGGUUGUCAGAAAUGAGGCUGGAGUUGCAGAGUUUUGAAGGGAGGGGGUGGCUCCCAGCAUUUGUAUUUAAUAGCAUCUUGUCCUUUAUCCCCAGCACCUGUUUCAUUCCUUCUGCUGCUUUUUUCAAAAUAAUUUUGCUUUCUUUUUUUUUUUUUUUUUUGCCUUUAUAAUUACCACUUUCUUUUCCUAAAACACUCAGGACAUGCUCACAAUACAAACGUUGUGUGUGUGGUGUGUGGUGGAGGCGGUGAAACAUAGAGUCCUCAGAUCGUUGCUUUGCGUUCUUCCUGCUCCACGUUCCCUGUGCUCUGGCCGUCAUUUGUCGCGGACCUCAAGCUGCUGGCAAGGGGAGUCACGUACCUUCAGACGUAGGCCAAGCCGUUAAGGAAGCCCCUUUCAAAUACUGAGAUAGGAAAGAAGCCAGAUGAUCAAAUAUGUAGCACUUCAUGUCAGCCUGAGAGCUUUGCAAACUGGGCUUCAUAAAGUUUCUUUCCUAGUAACUUAGUUCAAGCGUAUAUUCAACAUGAAUUAUCUUUUUUUGAGGUGAAAUGUCCCCCUUAUAGAAAUGUUCACUGAAGAUUCGUUUGUGUUUUUUACAUGUCAGUGUAUGCUAAGUUGACUUUUAAAAAAAGUUUUCCAGUUCCUUUGAUGGAUAUCAGCAUGACAUCUUUAAUUUUUCUUCUCCUGUGUGUAGGGUAAGGGACUCUUCUUCUGAAGAAUCUUUCCAUUUAGUGAUCAAGAUAUGGAAGCUGAUCUCUGAAAAUACUCUUGUGUGUCCUAAUUGUUCCAGUAUCAUUCAAAUUGUAACUUGCACUUCAGUAGCAGUGUUUCUUACUGACUAGGAAAACUUAAUAAAAUAUGUUUCUCGUUUCUA